CCCGUAAGGAAGCUAACAUGAAGGCUCUGGAAGUGAGGGACGACAAAUCACCUCAGCCCGAUAUUUAAUAAUAACGCCGAUUAGCGGCCGCCACGAGUCUAGAGUAUCAUUCAACCCUCUAACAUCUAACAUCUAACACCUUCCUCCUUCAACCUCGCAGUAUCUUCCUCCUCCCUUUUCUCCACGACUAAGCGGGCUAGUGUUGGCUGGCCCUCGAAAGCUGGGUAGAAUUAUCGCUAUGGACCGGCCGACGUACAUUAUUGAUCCGGAUGGUGAAGUGAUAAUAGAAUUGCGCAACGCCAACCCUCCUUUUGCAGUGUUGGACGAAGACACCAUUGUCAAUCACGUACAGAAUAACGUCGCCGAGCCUAUCGAAGAGCCUGUUGAGGAGUCAUCUGAGACCAGCUCCGACUCUGAAUCAACAGGUUCAGAACAUUCUCGGACAUAUGGCGGGCAGAUCAAAGAGACUAUCGGCCAAAAGCAGCGUAAUAGUGAUGAAGACUUGACAGAAAGGCGUUUCCGGAUCCAAGUAUCCGCGAAGCAUUUAACGCUCGUCUCGCCUGUUUUCAAGAAGAUGCUUACUGGUGGUUGGAAGGAGAACGUCGCUUUACUCCAGAAAGGAUCUGUAGAAAUUAUUGCAGAGGGUUGGGAUAUUGAAGCCCUCUUGAUUCUGCUAAGAGUCAUGCAUUGUCAACACAAUCAUGUACCCCGAAAACUAAGCUUUGAGAUGCUUGCUAAAGUAACUGUUCUCGCAGACUACUACGAAUGCAGGGAUGCCAUGGGGGUUUUCACAGAUAUAUGGAUCAAGGCCCUAGAGCACAAAAUUCCCACGACAUAUUCUCGAGGUUUAAUUAUGUGGUUAUGGAUUUCUUGGUUUUUUCAGCUCUCUAGUCUGUUCCAAGAAGCUACUUCAACUGCCAUGUCGCUAAGUAAUGGCCGGAUUGAUAACCUGGGGCUUCCGAUCCCUGAUAAAGUCCUUGAAUCAAUGAACGAUUGUAGAGAACUAUGCAUAGAUAACAUAGUUAUCCUCCUUCAUGAGAAGCAGGAUGCCCUCCUAAGCGGCAUUCAAGGAUGUAGCUUUGAGUGCAGCUCAAUUAUGUACGGAGCUCUCACGAAACAAAUCCAGUCAAAUAGGCUUCUUUCGCCAAGACCUGUCGCUCCUUUUCUGAGAUUGAAUUACAAACAACUUGUGCAGAGCUUGUUGUCAUUCCAAUCACCACAGUGGAGUUCGCAGGCCUAUUCAACGGUUUCUCCCUUCCACAGCUGUGACUACUCCUCUUUCGAGUCUAUAUUUGGCCAGUUAAAUGAUAGUAUCGAUGGUCUUCAACUUGACAGCCUUAUUUAGUAAGGAACAGAGAAUUCUGGCCCUUUCUAAAUUGAGUAAAGACAGAUUUUCGCCCUGGUUGCGCAUACGGUUGUUGUCAUCUUGCUGCUCCCUAUAUUACUCUAGGCACAUUUCACUCUAGCGACCUUUGUGCGUUGCGACAGAUAAACGACAGCCUGUGAUCAGUCGAACUGUUCCUGCAUCACAACCGGUUCUUGUCGCUUAAUCAACGUGUCGUCGUCAAGAAAGUCGAGCAAUUUAAUAGACCUUCGUCUAUCUCCUGGAUUACAUCAUGAUUUUAGCUGUGAUUGGAAUUUCGUACUUGAUCAAAAAAUCAAUAUUCUCUUUCCAGAAAUUUUUGAGGUGACCGCGCCUAUUAUAAGGAUUGGCGCGCGGAACCCACAGUGACCAGAGGCGGGCAGUCAGACAAGAAAACAAGACAGGAGUGAAGCGGAAAGCGCAGAAGCAUAAUUCUUCCUCAUUUCGUAUAUGUUAU